AUGGCCUCCACCAAUGGUCACGGCAGCUCCCUCGCCGCCAAACACAACCUCCCCUCACAUUUCAUCGGUGGUAACCACCUCGAUGCUGCCCCGCCGAGUGCCGUGAAGGACUUCGUCGCUAGCCAUGAUGGUCACUCCGUCAUUAGCUCGGUCCUCAUUGCCAACAACGGUAUCGCCGCCGUGAAGGAAAUUCGUUCCGUCCGGAAAUGGGCCUACGAGACCUUCGGCAACGAACGCGCCAUUCAAUUCACGGUCAUGGCCACCCCGGAAGAUCUGCACGCCAACGCCGACUACAUCCGCAUGGCCGAUCAGUACGUUGAGGUCCCCGGAGGCACGAAUAAUAACAACUACGCCAACGUCGAGCUGAUCGUCGAUGUCGCGGAGCGAAUGGAUGUCCACGCCGUGUGGGCCGGUUGGGGUCAUGCCUCUGAGAACCCCCGUCUCCCCGAGGCGCUCGCCGCGUCGCCCAAGAAGAUCAUCUUCAUUGGUCCCCCGUCUUCGGCCAUGCGCUCUCUGGGUGACAAGAUCUCCUCGACCAUCGUCGCGCAGCAUGCCGGUGUGCCGUGCAUUCCCUGGUCGGGAACCGGAGUGGACGCGGUCAAGAUUGACAGCAAUGGAAUCGUGACCGUCGAGGAUGAGACUUACAACAAGGGCUGCACCUUCUCGCCCGAGGAAGGUCUUCAGAAGGCCAAGGAAAUUGGCUUCCCUGUCAUGAUCAAGGCCUCCGAAGGUGGUGGUGGUAAGGGUAUUCGGAAGGUGGAGAAGGAAGAGGACUUCAUCUCCCUGUACAAUGCCGCCGCCAACGAGAUCCCUGGCUCCCCCAUCUUCAUCAUGAAGCUCGCCGGUAACGCCCGCCAUUUGGAGGUCCAAUUGCUGGCCGAUCAGUACGGUAACAACAUCUCGCUCUUCGGCAGAGAUUGUUCCGUCCAGCGUCGUCACCAGAAGAUCAUUGAGGAGGCCCCCGUCACCAUCGCCAAGCCAAUCACCUUCCAGGCCAUGGAGCGCGCCGCCGUCAGCCUGGGUAAGCUCGUCGGUUACGUUUCGGCCGGUACCGUCGAGUACCUGUACUCGCAUGCCGAUGACAAGUUCUACUUCCUGGAGUUGAACCCUCGUCUUCAGGUCGAGCACCCCACCACGGAAAUGGUUUCCGGUGUCAACCUGCCCGCCGCCCAGCUACAGAUUGCCAUGGGUAUCCCCCUGCACCGCAUUCGGGACAUCCGCUUGCUCUACGGUGUGGACCCCAACACCACCUCCGAGAUCGACUUCGACUUCUCCAACGAGGAGAGCUUCAAGACCCAGCGCCGUCCCCAGCCCAAGGGACACACGACCGCUUGCCGUAUCACCUCCGAAGAUCCUGGCGAGGGAUUCAAGCCUUCCAGCGGUACCAUGCACGAGCUGAACUUCCGCAGUUCGUCCAAUGUCUGGGGUUACUUCUCUGUGGGUACUUCCGGUGGAAUUCACAGCUUCUCCGACAGUCAGUUCGGUCACAUCUUCGCUUAUGGUGAGAACCGCUCCGCCUCGCGCAAGCACAUGGUCAUUGCUUUGAAGGAAUUGAGCAUUCGUGGUGAUUUCCGGACCACCGUCGAAUACCUCAUCAAGUUGUUGGAGACGCCCGCAUUCGAAGAGAACACCAUUACCACUGGGUGGCUGGAUCAGCUGAUUUCCAACAAGCUGACCGCGGAGCGCCCCGAUCCCAUUGUCGCCGUCCUGUGCGGUGCCGUGACCAAGGCGCACCAGGCCAGUGAGGCGGGAGUGGAGGAAUACCGUAAGGGUCUCGAGAAGGGUCAGGUGCCGUCCAAGGACGUUCUCAAGACCGUCUUCCCUGUCGACUUCAUCUAUGAAGGCGAGCGCUACAAGUUCACUGCCACUCGCGCCAGCUUGGACAGCUACCAUCUGUUCAUCAACGGCUCCAAGUGCUCCGUGGGUGUUCGUGCUCUGGCUGACGGUGGCCUGCUGGUUCUGCUGAACGGCCGGUCUCACAACGUGUACUGGAAGGAGGAGGCUGCCGCUACGCGUCUCAGCGUCGACGGAAAGACGUGCUUGGCUGGAGCAGGAGAACGAUCCUACCCAGCUUCGCUCGCCUUCUCCCGGAAAGCUGGUCAACCCUUCGCCGAGGUGGAGGUCAUGAAGAUGUACAUGCCCCUGAUUGCCCAGGAGGACGGUGUCGUCCAACUGAUCAAGCAGCCUGGCGCUACCCUGGAGGCUGGUGACAUCCUGGGUAUCCUCGCUCUGGACGACCCCUCUCGCGUUAAGCACGCCCAGCCCUUCACCGGACAGCUCCCCGACAUGGGCCCCCCGCAGGUGGUGGGUAACAAGCCUCCUCAGCGGUUCUUCCUUCUGCACAGCAUCCUUGAGAACAUUCUGCGUGGCUACGACAACCAAGUCAUCAUGGGUUCGACCCUGAAGGAGCUCGUAGAGGUCCUCCGCGACGGCGACCUUCCUUACGGCGAGUGGAACGCCCAGUCCUCUGCGCUGCACUCGCGCAUGCCCCAGCGACUUGACGCUCAGCUUCAGAACAUCGUUGACCGCGCUCGCGCUCGCAAGGCCGAGUUCCCCGCCAAGCAGCUCCAGAAGACCAUUGCGCGGUUCAUCGAAGAGAAUGUCAACCCUGCUGAUGCUGAGAUCUUGAAGACCACCCUUCUUCCUCUCAUUCAGGUCAUCAACAAAUAUAUGGAUGGACUGAAGGCCAACGAGUUCAACGUUUUCAUUGGUCUGCUUGAGCAGUACUACGAGGUGGAGAAGCUCUUCUCCGGCCGCAACAUCCGUGACGAGGAUGCCAUACUGAAGCUCCGUGAAGAAAACAAGGAUGAUAUCGGUAGCGUUGUCCAGAUCGUCCUGUCCCACAGCCGUAUUGGUUCCAAGAACAACCUCGUCCUCGCUAUCUUGGACAUGUACCGUCCCAACCAGCCCAACGUCGGCAAUGUUGGCAAGUACUUCAAGCCCAUCCUGAAGAAGCUGACGGAGCUGGAAUCUCGGUCCGCCGCGAAGGUUACCUUGAAGGCUCGUGAGGUGCUCAUCCAGUGCGCCCUGCCGUCUCUGGAAGAACGUCUCUCCCAGAUGGAGCUUAUUCUCCGCUCCUCCGUUGUGGAAUCGCGCUAUGGUGAGACCGGAUGGGAUCAUCGCGAGCCUGACUUCUCGGUCUUGAAGGAGGUCGUCGAUUCGAAGUACACUGUGUUCGAUGUUCUGCCUCGUUUCUUCGUCCACCAGGAUGCUUGGGUCACUCUUGCCGCCCUGGAGGUCUAUGUUCGCCGUGCGUACCGUGCGUACACUCUGAAGGAUAUCCAGUAUGAUGCUUCUGGCGAGAUCCCCCUGCUCUCCUGGGACUUCACCCUUGACAAGCUUGGGCAGCCCGAGUUCGGCUCCCUAUCCUCCACUCAGCCAUCGGCUCCCGGGACCCCAACCACGGAAUCCAACCCCUUCAGACGCCUCAACUCCAUCAGCGACAUGUCGUACCUCGUCAACGACAACUCUAACGAGCCCGUCCGCAAGGGUGUCAUUCUCCCCGUCCAGUACUUGGAGGAUGCCGAGGAGUAUCUCGCUAAGGCUCUGGAUGCUUUCCCUCGUGUCGUCGCUAAAGCGAAGAAGCCUGCUGACAACGGCCUCCUCGCCAACCUGGAGGGCAAGCGCCGUCCUGCCGCCCAUCGCCUUGAAAAUGAGAAUGAGUUGACCAACGUUCUUAACAUUGCUAUUCGUGAUGUCGAGAACCUUAGCGAUAAGGAGAUUGUUGCGCAGAUCAACUCUCUCCUUGCCGAUCUCAAGGAGGAGCUGCUGGCCCGCCGCAUUCGCCGCGUCACCUUCAUCUGCGGCAAGAAUGGCAUUUACCCCGGUUACUUCACUUUCCGCGGACCUACCUACGAGGAAGAUGAUAGCAUUCGUCACAGCGAGCCUGCUCUGGCCUUCCAGCUUGAGCUGGGACGCCUGUCGAAGUUCAAGAUCAACCCCGUCUUUACUGAGAACCGCAACAUCCACGUCUACGAGGCCAUUGGCAAGGGUCCUGAGAAUGACAAGGCGGUUGACAAGCGCUACUUCGUCCGUGCUGUCGUGCGUCCUGGUCGUCUGCGUGACGACAUCCCUACGGCUGAGUACCUGAUCUCCGAGGCUGACCGUCUGAUGAACGACAUCUUGGACGCCCUGGAGAUCAUUGGCAACAACAACUCUGAUUUGAACCACAUCUUCAUCAAUUUCUCCCCUGUGUUCAACCUCCAGCCGCAGGAUGUGGAGCAGGCUCUGGCUGGUUUCCUGGAGCGUUUCGGUCGUCGUCUCUGGCGUCUGCGUGUCACUGGCGCGGAGAUCCGCAUCCUCUGCACUGACCCCGCCACCGGCGUGCCUUAUCCUCUCCGUGUCAUCAUCACCAACACCUACGGUUUCAUCAUCCAGGUGGAGCUGUACAUUGAGAAGAAGUCUGAGAAGGGCGAGUGGGUCUUCCACAGCAUCGGUGGCACUAACAAGCUCGGCUCCAUGCACUUGCGUCCUGUCUCUACUCCCUACCCCACGAAGGAGUGGCUCCAGCCCAAGCGUUACAAGGCUCACCUCAUGGGCACCCAGUAUGUCUAUGAUUUCCCUGAGCUCUUCCGCCAGGCUUUCCAGAACAGCUGGUCAAAGGCUAUCGAGAAGGUGCCGGCGAUGGCGGACCAGCGUCCUCCUGUUGGCGAGUGCAUUGACUACACCGAACUGGUGUUGGAUGACACCGACAACCUCAUUGAAAUCCAGCGUGGUCCGGGUACCAACACCCACGGUAUGGUGGGUUGGCUUGUCACUGCCCGCACCCCCGAGUACCCACGGGGCAGACGGUUCAUCAUUGUUGCCAACGACAUUACUUUCCAGAUCGGAUCCUUCGGUCCUCUGGAAGACAAGUUCUUCAACAAGUGCACUGAGCUGGCUAGAAAGCUUGGUAUCCCUCGUAUUUACCUUUCUGCCAACUCGGGUGCUCGUAUCGGCAUGGCCGAUGAGCUGAUCCCCUACUUCAGCGUUGCCUGGAACGACCCUGCCAAGCCGGAGGCCGGCUUCAAGUACCUCUACCUGACUCCUGAGGUUAAGAAGCAGUUCGAUGCCAGCAAGAAGAAGGAAGUCAUCACUGAGAUGAUCAACGAUGAUGGUGAGGAGCGUCACAAGAUCACCACUAUCAUCGGUGCGAAGGACGGCCUCGGUGUCGAGUGUCUCAAGGGCUCCGGUCUUAUUGCCGGUGCCACGUCCAAGGCCUACGAGGAUAUCUUCACCAUCACCUUGGUCACCUGCCGUUCCGUCGGUAUCGGCGCUUACCUGGUCCGUCUCGGCCAGAGAGCCGUGCAAGUCGAGGGCCAGCCCAUCAUUCUCACUGGUGCUCCUGCCAUCAACAAGCUCCUUGGUCGGGAAGUCUAUACCUCCAACUUGCAGCUGGGUGGCACUCAAAUCAUGUAUAAGAACGGUGUUUCUCACAUGACGGCCAAUGACGACUUCGAUGGUGUGCAGAAGAUUGUUGAGUGGAUGUCGUUUGUUCCUGACCGCAAGGGAUCUCCCAACCCCAUCCGCCCCUGGUCCGACCCCUGGGAUCGUGAUGUCGAGUAUUACCCUCCGUCCAAGCAGACCUACGAUCCCCGCUGGCUCAUUGCUGGUAAGGAGGAUGAAGAGGGCUUCCUGCCGGGUUUGUUUGAUGCCGGCUCUUUCGAGGAAGCGCUUGGCGGCUGGGCUCGCACUGUGGUUGUGGGCCGUGCUAGACUGGGUGGUAUCCCUAUGGGUGUCAUCGCGGUCGAGACUCGCUCGGUGGAGAACGUCACUCCUGCCGAUCCCGCCAAUCCCGACUCUAUGGAGAUGAUCAGCACGGAGGCCGGUGGUGUCUGGUACCCUAACUCCGCCUUCAAGACUGCCCAGGCUCUUCGCGACUUCAACAACGGUGAGCAGCUCCCCGUCAUGAUCCUCGCCAACUGGAGAGGUUUCUCGGGUGGCCAGCGUGACAUGUACAACGAGGUGCUCAAGUAUGGUUCGUACAUCGUCGACGCUCUCGUUAAGUACGAGCAGCCCAUCUUCAUCUACAUUCCGCCCUACGGUGAACUCCGUGGUGGCUCGUGGGUGGUGGUCGACCCUACCAUCAACCCCGACCAGAUGGAGAUGUACGCGGAUGAGGAGGCCCGUGGUGGUGUCCUCGAGCCCGAGGGUAUCGUCAACAUCAAGUACCGUCGCGAGAAGCAGCUGGACACCAUGGCGCGUCUUGAUGCCACCUACGGCGAACUUCGUCGUUCCCUCGAAGACCCCUCCCUCAGCAAGGAGCAGCUGUCUGAGAUCAAGACCCGGAUGGCCGCCCGCGAGGAGCAGCUUCUGCCCGUGUACACGCAGAUUGCUCUGCAGUUCGCCGACCUCCACGACCGCGCCGGCCGCAUGCAGGCCAAGAACACCAUCCGCAAGCCGCUCACCUGGAAGAACGCCCGCCGGUUCUUCUACUGGCGCCUGCGCCGCCGUCUUAGCGAGGAGCUCAUCGUCAAGCGCAUGGUCGCCGCCGCUCCCAACCCGGCCCCCGCCGAGGCUGCUGGUGCUGUCCCCGCCAACGCCCCUGCCGGUGCUGUGGCCUCGCCUAGCGAGUCUCCUCGCGCCUUCCACCUGCGCACGCUCCGCACGUGGACCGGCCUGCUUGACGAGGAGCUGGAGAACGACGACCGUCGCGUGGCCAUGUGGUAUGAAGAGAACAAGAAGCACAUCCAGACCCAGGUCGAGUCUCUCAAGACGGCCAGUGUGGCUUCUGACGUUGCCCAGCUGCUCCUUGGCAACAAGGAGGGCGGUCUCAAGGGUGUGCAGCAGGUGCUUAGCAUGUUGCCUGUGGAGGAGAAGGAGGCGGUCCUCAAGUACUUGGGAUCUGCUUAA